AGAGAACCUCCAGGACCUGCUGCCCACCCUGCCCUAUACUGAUGACUACUUCCUCCUGCGCUGGCUCCGAGCUCGGAACUUUGACCUGCAGAAAUCCGAGGACAUGCUCCGGAAGCAUGUAGAGUUCCGGAAGCAACAAGACCUGGACAACAUCCUCACGUGGCAGCCCUCAGAGGUGGUCCAGCUGUACGACUCAGGGGGUCUGAGCGGCUAUGACUAUGAAGGCUGCCCCGUGUGGUUUGACAUCGUUGGGAGUCUCGACCCCAAGGGUCUCCUCCUGUCAGCCUCCAAGCAAGAGCUGAUCCGGAAGCGCACCAAGUCCUGUGAGCUGCUUUUGCAUGAGUGUGAGCUGCAGAGUCAGAAGCUGGGCAGGAAGAUCGAGAUGGUGCUGAUGGUGUUUGACGUGGAGGGGCUGAGCCUGAAACACCUGUGGAAGCCAGCCGUGGAGGUCUACCAGCAGUUUUUUGCUAUACUGGAAGCAAAUUAUCCUGAGACGCUGAAGAAUUUAAUUAUUAUUCGAGCCCCCAAGCUGUUUCCUGUGGCCUUCAACUUGGUCAAGCCGUUCAUGAGUGAGGAGACACGCAGGAAGAUGGUGAUUCUAGGAGACAACUGGAAGCAGGAGCUGACAAAGUUCAUCAGCCCCGACCAGCUGCCUGUGGAGUUUGGGGGGAACAUGACUGACCCUGAUGGCAACCCCAAGUGCCUGACCAAGAUCAGCUACGGGAGUGAGGUGCCCAAGAGCUACUACCUGUGCAACCAGGUGAGGGUGCAGUACGAGCACACAGUGCCCGUGGGCCGCGGCUCCUCCCUGCAGGUGGAGAACGAGAUCCUGUGCCCAGGCUGUGUGCUCAGGUGGCAGUUCGCAUCGGAUGGUGGGGACAUUGGCUUUGGGAUUUUCCUGAAGACCAAACUGGGGGAGCGGCAGCGAGCUGGGGAGAUGGCGGAGGUGCUGCCCAGCCAGCGCUACAAUGCCCACCUGGUACCCGAGGAUGGGAGCCUCACCUGCCUCAAAGCCGGCGUCUAUGUCCUCCGCUUUGACAACACCUACAGCCUGCUGCACGCCAAGAAGGUCAGCUACACUGUGGAGGUGCUACUGCCCGACAAGGCCUCUGAGGAGAAGCUGCAGAGUCUCAAGACGAUGAGACCCUCCCCAACGCAAUGAAGACCCUAGCUGCCUCUGUGCCUGUGCUCUCCAAUCCCUUCGCACCCCUCCCCUGGCUCCUGCACUCUGGGCAAUAUGAUGCUGAAAGUGGCCUUUAAGAGCCACCUAACCCACCUCACCAUCUCAGCUCAUUGUGGGCCCACCUGGCAUAGUGGCCAAGCAGGAACAGGGACAAGCAAUGCAUAGGCCACCCUGGAGAUUCAGAUGGGAACCCCAUCCCCUGUUCCCAGAGAAUGGGAAUGAGAAUGAGAACCUUAAUGGGGAACAAGAUCCACUGAGGAAGUGCCCUGUCUGCAGGAGCUGCCCCUGCAUUCCUCCUGAGAAGGUCCACCCAGCCCUGGACUCACCCAUGCCGGAUGUCCCAGCUUGGGGGUGUACACAUGAGCCCCAGGCCCUGCAGCGAGCACAGCUGGAGGCCUGAAGAGCAGGGACGGCCUGUUCUCUGCACAUAGGAGGUCAGCAGGAAUGGGCAGAGCCGGCUAGAGGCAGCUGGGUGGAGAGAGAGGCUAGGGGUGAAAGUCCCAGUUUCAGCAGAGCAUCAAGGUCCAUCCAGGGUCAUAAUCCUGCUUUGGGAAGGACUCCUACUACCCUGUCGUACCACGUGGCCACCCUCCCUGCUGCCUCCCCAGAUGCAAUGAUAUCUGGAGUCCCCUGAGGCAUUUGGGCUUCUGUGGCAGGCUAUGGGGGUGUGGCCAGCUGGGAGUGGGGGACCCAGUGCUGGAUUUGACUAAGCCCACCUUUUGUAAUGAUGGGGGCUUGCAAUGCCUCGCU